GACUGAAGUCGCUUGCGAGCGAAGCAUGGAUAACUCGGCAUAUGAGGCGGAAGUUGGCGAAAUCAAGGAAGAUGCAACUGCUACACAGGACAGCCAACUGGAAGCAAUAAUCGUUAGGAUUGGAGACUUUGGACGCUUUCAGAUGCGCAACUAUGUGCUGCUCUGCCUGCCCAUCAUUUGCAGCACCUUCCACUCAUUGUCCUUUGUAUUUACAGCCAGUACCGCGAGUUACAGAUGCUUCAUUGGCGACUGCGACACUGAAAAUAGUAGCUUCAUAGAGCCUUGGCUAAAUUUUACGAUACCUAGGAGCGACGACGACUGGGAUCAGUGCAAUCAAUAUCAAUCGAUUGGAGUUGGCUGUGAUGCGGAUACUUUUAAUAGCAGUCAAAUAGUCAGCUGCGAAUCGGGCUACAAAUUGAUGGAUGAUGAUGGGAGCAUAGCCACAGAGUUUGGCAUUUACUGCUCCAAUCAAUGGCAGCUUUCGAUGGUGGGAACAGUCAGCUUUAUUGCACAUAUCGUAGGCAUGCCCAUGGGCGGCUAUUUUUCAGAUCGCUACGGACGCAAGGCAACGCUCGUGGUGGCAGGUGUUUUGAGCGCAAUUACUGGACUGGCUCGCUCGCAUACCGUUGGCUACUAUAGCUUUCUGCUGCUUGAGUUUCUGUCGAUGUUUGUGGGCAGCCCGCUCUUUUACAUUGCCCUGCUGCUGGCUGUUGAGCUGGUGGGCUGUAAGCAGCGUGUGUUGUUUGGCAUGAUCAUCUCGCUGACCUACGCCGUAGCCGAGGUGGCACUGGGCUAUUUGGCCAGUCUAAUACGGAACUGGCGCGUGCUGCUGCGCGUCAUCUACACGCCGGCGCUGCUGCAUCUGCUUUUCAUCUGCUAUAUGUCCGAGAGUGUGCGCUGGCUGUUGAGCCAGUCUAGGGAGCUGGAGGCGGUCGAUAUUCUACGCGACGUGGCAAUCGUAAAUCAGCGGCAGGUGAACGAAAGGGAGCUCAGCGAUAUGGUGCGCCACAACCGCAAGGUGAUAUCCCAGACGCGUGCAGCUGGGGGUCAUUACACCGCCCGUCAGAUCUACAAUGCACUCGGCCAUCGCACGGCCACGUGCUGCGGGCUUUGGCUGAUCAUUGUAUUUAUAUCCAUGGGUCUGACCCUGAACUCCAUGGAAUUGUAUGGCGAUAAGUAUCGUAACUUCGGCUUGUCGGGUCUAGUGAAGCUUCCCGGCGUAGUGUUUGCCAUGCUGCUAAUGAAUCGCCUUGGCCGCCGCUGGACGUUGAAUCUGUGCAUGGGCACUUGCUCCAUAUCGCUUUUAUUAAUGGUGGCACUGAUCAAUGAGUAUCCAACAGUGUCGUGGCAUCUCUUCUUUCUGGCUCAAAUGGCCAACAUUGGCAGCCACAUGGUACUCAUUUUCUUUACGGCCGAAUUGUUUCCCACCAGCUGCCGCAGCAGCCUUCUUGCCCUCUGUUACAUGAUCGGUAGGAUCGGAGCAAUGUUAGCGCCCAGUGCUCAACUCUUGAUAUCCUAUUACAAAUAUACGCCCCACUUGCUGUUCGCUGCCCUCGGCAUACCCAGCUCGGUGCUAAGCAUGCUCUUGCCUGAAACAUCUAACGAGACCCUGCCGACGACCAUGGAGCAGGCCUGCGCCCUGGACCUUCAUUCAUCGAGGAAAUCAUCUGUUUCACACAGUACUGGUUAAUCAGUUAGUGAGGCAAUGCUAGGCUAUGUUUGGUCUCA